AUGAGGGAGCACGAAAGGGAAACACAGCAACACACGAGAAAAACAUUGAUUUGCGCUGUUGCUAACAUCAGAAACUUUCUUGUUUGCAUGCUCUCCACAUUGCUACCAGACGAUAACUCCGAUGCUAACGUUUUUCUCUGGGACAAACAUUUGAUUUUGUUGUUCAGCACUGUCAGUGAAAAUCUUCUUCAUAGGCAAAUACUUCAAGGGCUUGGGAAUAUUUUUGUUGGAAGCUUCGAGGAUAAAUUGUGGAAUCACGCAGCCGCUGAUAAAACAAAGAAACUCAAUGAAACAUUGAAUAAAACUCCACCUCUUUUGCUGUGGAAAACUUGGAGCAUGGAUUUUCGAUUGGUUGAAAACAAAAGAGAAAAGCAUGUUUGA